AUGAUUGGCAACAGCUCUACUAGGUCUACUGCCGCCGCAAAGGGUUCUGAAAACCGUAGACAUCCUUGUAUCCUAUGCCAAAGCCGAAAGAUCAAGUGUGAUAGGAAUGCUCCAUGCGCCAACUGUACCAGGGCUCACCUCGAGUGUGUCUUUGCUACCACUCCCCCUCUACAGAAGCGUAAAAAGAGAUUUCCGGAAGCAGAGCUAUUAGCUCGGAUAAGAAGAUACGAGGAUCAACUACGGAAGUAUGGGGCCGAUAUCGACGCCAUAAACCGCGAUGGUGGAAUCGACGUGAAUGGUGCUACGACGCCCAAAGAAAAUGCUCCCUGCUUUGCUAAAUUGCAUCCUAGAGCGUCUUUGUCGGUCAAACGAUCGUUAAAACACGUUCAAAAUAAUUUGUCAAUAAAUGAGGAGUUCCAAGACGCAGAAGAUAUCCUACAGGGGUCAUCGGACGACGAACUAUUCGACAUAGCAAACACGAAAACGCACAGUUCUCUGACUACAGAUGAGAGUGAUAUCCUUUUCCCAUCCCAAGCCAUAUCUGAUCUGAGCAAAUAUCACCCUCCUACAGUUCAUAUUUUUAGACUGUGGCAGAUAUUUCUAGACAACGUCAACCCUUUAAUCAAGGUGUUGCACGCCCCCACUGUGCAGCAACAAGUUCUAGAUGCUAGUGCGGACUUGGAAAAUGUACCAAAAGGGGUAGAGGCACUGAUGUUCAGUGUUUAUGCCGUAGCUAUCACCUCACUGUGCGAGGCCGCCUGCAUGUCUUUGUUGGGUGAUCGAAAAGCAACCCUAUUAUCGAGAUAUCGAGCUGGUGCAAAACAGGCGCUUCGGAAUGCAGGAUUCCUGAGGUCCUCUGAGCUAAUUGUACUCCAAGCGUUCUUCCUACUCCUGUUCUCAAGCCUGCACGUCUCGGUUGAUGCGAGAUCACUGUGCUGCUUGACGGGUAUAGUGGUUCGUAUUGCCCGGAGGAUGGGUCUCAGUUCUGAUGGAACAAGUUAUGGCCUUGCCCCAUUUGAGACGGAAAUGCGUCGGCGCCUAUGGUGGCAAAUUAUCAUUCUUGAUUGUAGAACUUCUGAGGUUUCUGGCUCUGGCCCAUCGAUUGUUCAUCGCGGCUGGACAACAAAUCUUCCUACAAAUAUCAACGACAGCGACCUCUAUCCGGGUAUGCGAGACUGGCCACUGGAGUAUCCAGGACCUACUGAGAUGGUGUACGCCUUGCCGAGAUGUGAGGCUAUUCAGCGAUUCCUAUUUACUGGGUGCCAUACCGAAGAUGCCGCUUCCCUGGAUAAGGGAAUAGACGAGUUAGAAGAACACCUCCAGCAGAAGUAUCUCAAAUUCUGCGACCUUUCGGUUCCUUUACAUUUCUUCUCCGUUACAAUGGCAAGCUCAGAGGUUGAAAAACUCCGAAUGUGCCCACGUCAGCCCCAUGUACAGGCUACCAAUCGAAUUUCGUCCACCGAGGAAAAGGAGAAGCUAUUUGCUCACAGUCUCAACUUGCUGGAAAUUCAUAAUAAAAUGAUGGGGUGCAAUACCCUGACGCAGUUUUUCUGGUUCAUCAGCACCAAUUACCCAUUUCCAGCUCACUUAUAUCUUCUCUGUGCUCUCCGCUCUCGAGCCUCAGAUGAUCUCACCGAACGCGCCUGGCGUGUGCUGGCUGAAAGUUACGAUAAUCGGCUCUAUUAUAAUCGUCAAUACGAGCCUACGAAUCCAGUAAGUUUAAUGCAUCCGACGCUUGCACAUCUUACGAUCAACGCAUGGGAGAUCCGCGAGGUGGGCCUUGGCCUCUAUCCGGUCGCCAACGCCCCUCCAUCCUUCAUUUCAGAGAUGCGGUCGCUAUUAGCCGAUAGAAUAUCCCAAGCUCCUCAUUCACAGAGCCGAAUAUUCCUCAGCCACUCUGCCGAUAUGGGAACUGGAGAUCAGAAUGCCAAAGAAUUUACUUAUGCCAACGUUUCAUCGGCUAAUACGGUGCAACAAUCUUUUGACCAGUCUCUCACAACUAGUUUACCGUCACCACUGUGGAGCUCUACUAGCUGGGAUCUUUGGAAUGAUAUAGUAGCAGCUCCCAAAGAAAUCCCAGACCUAAACGCGACUUUCUCGUCAGGAUUUUAUCAAGGAAAUGCAGACAGCCAUUGA